CUAAAAAGUUGGCAGCACUGUUUUGCUUUGCAUCUCUUUUUCACAUUGUUGUCAUUUUAUAUGUUUAAUUAAAAUAUAAAAAUAAAGAAAAACUGUAAUUGCUAUUUUGUCAGCAUGCCCAAAUACUACUGCGAUUACUGCGACACAUACUUGACGCACGAUUCGCCAUCUGUGCGGAAAACACACUGCACCGGCCGCAAGCAUCGCGACAAUGUCAAGUUCUACUAUCAAAAGUGGAUGGAGGAGCAGGCGCAGCAUCUGAUUGAUGCCACCACAGCUGCAUUCAAGGCGGGCAAGAUUACAAACAAUCCAUUUGCGGGUCCCACGCCGGGUAACAAACCCACCGGAGUUUCAAUACCGCCACCAAACAUGGGAGCACCACCGCGUCCGGGUAUGCCAAAUAUGCCGCCUUACAUGCCACCGAUGAUGAAUCCUCUAAUGGCACCGACGGGCAUGCGUCCGCCACCCAUUCUCAAUCCGAUGGCCAUGAUGGGUCCGCCACCGCCCCUGGGAACGCUUCCGCCCCCAAUGAUGAACGGACCGAAAUGAACUAAUGUAACUGAGCAAAUAUUGUAAUUAAGUAAAAAUAAAUACAUAGCUAAGUCCACUUGCAAAUGAACUAGAAA